GGGCAUUACAUGGUCACUUUUUCUGCCGUGUUUGACUUUGAUCAUUCCGUAAUCUAUCUGAUGGAAUGUAACAGUAUUGCUAAUGUGUUAGGGCACUCAGACUCUAUCAGUAGAAAGUAUGUGAGUGCGUUGAAGUAUAUCUUUCUUAGUGAGGUGGAGGUUUGGGGAAAAUAGCCUCUUGUGGGGCCCUUUUCGCCAGACCCCUCAAGGUUGAGUCUCAAUUGUAGGAUGAGGGCUACAAAACGACAAGGUCAUUAAAGUUAGGUUUUAGUUUGGUUCAGAUUCCUCGGUAAGGUUAGUCAUUUGGUUUGGAUAGUUAGGUUCAGGGUGAGAGGCUGGGGAAAGCAUGAUGUCAAUGAGAGGUCCUCACUAAGAUAGAAAUACAAACAUGCGUGGGUGUGUGUGAGAGAAGGAGAGAUGUUAAAAUAUAUGUCACAAAUAGAAACGCAAUUGUCAAAUUAGACACUGCUGCUUACGGAUAUCCAGGAUCAUUUAAUGGCCCUUCUUUUCCAUCAAACAAAAAUGUGAAGCAACAAUUUAACAGCUAGCCACUCAUUUCAUUCCCAACUAGUUAAAACAUUUUUGAUAGAAAUCUGCAAAAUGUAAAUUAGAAGCGAAAGGAUUUUAACGACUGUUUAAAUUGCAACCUAACACACGUUAUUUAAAAAAAAAAAAAAAAAAAAAAAACAUUAAAUACAAUUCAUUUUAUUCAUUGGAAGUAUAAUAAAAAAGUUCGUUUUCUUAGUUUUUUUUUUUUUCAAAUUACACAUGCAGGCACACUACUGAUAUGUGGAGGUUGCUACCAAAAUUGAAAUAUAAUCAUUUACCGGAGAUAAUCUUUUUAUUCCGUCAUAGUCAAAUAUUUGAUGUAUAUUUUAUUCAUAUUUAUAUGUAUAUUUUUAAAUUAAAACAAUCAAGUUUAUAUUAGGUGCUUCAAUAUACAAUCUCAGAAAAAGAUUGGGCCUGCCGUUACAAAUGUCAGGUGAUUUGAUGUCGGUGACUGCGUAGCCUCAGUGUGUGUGUGUGUGUGUGUGUGUGUGUAUUUAUACUUUGUUUAUACUGCACAGUUGGGUCCAAAUCUUGACAAAACACUAUUCUCGUGAGGACCUUAUGUCUUUGUGGGGACCUUUUGCCGGUCCCCACAGGUCCAAACCUCAAUUUGAGGAUGAAUACUUCAAAAUAAGUAGGUGAUUAAAAUUGAGUUUGGUUCAGAGUCCUGGUUAAGGCUACCCAUGUGUUUUGGAUGGUUAAGUUAAGGGUGAGAGGCUGGAGAAACCGUUAUGGUAAUGAGAAAGUUCACAAUGUCCUCACAGGGAUAGCAAUACAAACGUGUAUGUGUGUGUGGGUGUAAAUUAAGUUUAUUAUAAUCAUGCUCACUGUGAAAGAAUAUAUUUUGGGAAUUCUUCAUAUUUUAAAAAGCAUGCAUAAAACAUUUUUGUUCUUGUGUGAAUCUUUGCGUGUUUUAUUUUAUUUUAUCAUUUCAUUAUUUGUUGAAUUAGUAUUAUCCAAUUAAAUCUGGGAAACAAUAUGUUUAGUCCUUAUUGCAAUGAAAUCAUAAACAAUAUUUUAAAAAACAAAAUGUAAAGGAAGCAUGAUGUAUAAAUAAGUAGUACAAACUAGUAGUUUUAUUUAACAAGUAUAUCCUGAAAAUGUGAAACUUCUUAUUGACAUAAAAUGCCAUGAAUAGAUUUUGUUGAAAGAAAAAUGCUUUUUCUCAUUGUAAACAACUCAGAUUUAAAAUAAAUACAAAGCUUGUAAAUCAAAAUGCCUCAAAUUGAUGUAAACUUCUUCUGUCCUAGAAAACAUCAUUUUGGCAUUUUAGUGACUUGAUGAUUGAAAAAGUUCAGUUCCCCAGAAAUCUGUCAUUUAAUUUAUAGCUUGGCGGACUGCUGAAAUCAAUAGGAGGAGCAGCAGCGUGUGGGUCAGACAACAGAUUGUUUGUGUAUUGUCAGUCGUGUCUGAUAAUCACUUAACAGGUUAUAGACCACUUCCAAACAAGAUUAGCAAAAGAAGGACAUCACCUCAACAUAAAGUUAAACUGGAAUCAAGUAGUCUUUGCGGCAGCUUUGCCUCAAAGGACCUUCCUCUUACCAGCUGCUGCGUGUUCAUCACACCCACUUGUCACACUUUAAUGGAGGCGCUAAUCCCCAAAUAUCUGCACAGAUUAUGACCAGCAAGCUCCACUCACAGGGGCUUUGCUCUCUCAACAUGUCAUCCCCUUAAUCAAAUCAAUAAUUGUUAUCGACUCUGCUCGCCAGCAGAAAAGGAAUUAGCUGACACACUCGGCAAUCUUUUUAUUUUUAGACUGACACUGGAUAAGUCUGUCACAUAAGACACGAGGCCAUAACUGAUGAUUUACCUGCUCACACAUGGUUGUGUGGAUCUUAGUGUUUUCUCUACCAACAUAUCCAAAACAUUGCUACAGUCAGUCUGCGCCAGCUAACUUUGCAUUGCAUUGAUGGCACAAUUUAGACAACACUGUAUUCGUGUAUUGUAAUACCAUUCAUUGUGUGUACAAAAAUUUCACUUCAGAAACAAAAAUUAAGAUUACUUCUACAUAGAUCACUGCUGAGAUUGCUUCCAUACUUUCUGUGGCAGCAUGCAGCUGUAUUGUUAUGCUGCUUUUGUCCUGGAGCACUGAUAUUCCGAAAAUCUUUGGACACCUACAUCGGAUUGCAGGUCUGGAGCAGUUCAGUACUUGUUGGAAACAGCACGACGGCACUGUUUUUUGAGUACUGGGUGUGGUAUUCAUGUGAUUUACUGGUGUAGCAAGGAAGCAGUGCUGUUUAAAUCGGUUUCAAACUUAGUGACGUACAGCAUGGUUGACCUUGGUUGCACGCACUACACAAACACACGCAAGUAUACACUUCUCAUUGAAAUGGCUGUAAUACUGUUGGAUCCAUAGCAGUGAAAGCCAAAUAUGCACAUAUGUGUACGGGGGAAAAGAUAUCAAAAUUUUAAUCUUCUAUUUUAAUUAAUAAAUAAAUAUAAAAGUAACAGAACACACUGACUACAAACCAUAGCGGUAUAUGGUUGUGUACGACUUCUAACCGGAGCUUAAGAUGGUUGCACUAUAAAGAAGGGAAACUAUUGAAGAGAGAAUUGUGAGUCAUUGUAAUUAUGCCUGAAAGUCAACUGGGUCGACUCGAAUUAGACACAGAUCCGGAAGAACGUCCGUUGGAAGAAACCCUGUUAGUGUUCCAAAGGGGAGUCGACAAUAAUGAAGUGGAGUAUGAAGCUCAUCGCGGAGAAUAGACAAAGUUUGGAGAAAUUCAUUUGAUCCCAAAUGAGAAAAUGGAGCCAAAGAUGGUGACAAUGAUAGAUCAAGUUAAAAGUUAAAAUUCAACUAAUGAAGAAGUCAUUGGCCGAGGCUGAAGAGAGAAUGAAUUCCCCACUUGAAAGCCAUGAUGACAUAUUCAGUGCCAGAAGACAUGGAAGCUAAUGAUCUCAGGCUCUUCACAGAGGACCUAAUGAAGGACAGUGUGGGAUAUGAAGAGGAAUUUGCCAUUGAUUCUGCACAAAGGAUUGACCGGACGCCCACCAAGGGUGUCGGGCCUCAAACUAUCUUGCUUCAAGGUGCUCAGGUGCUCAUUCUCAUUUCCUGGACCAGCCUUCUGCACCAUGAGCCAACAGACUCGAACCCAAAGACACACACAAAUUGAGGGUUAAACUUGUUAGGUUGUUAAGUCAAAUGUCUUCAUAAGUCGGUGUUUUUCCAUUGGUCUCCACAAGAUGACCCAAUCAUUCUCUCUCUCACACACAUGCGCACACACAUUUCCACAUAAAGGCACCAAACUGCAUUUUAAAAUGGCUUCUUUUACUUAUUUUCUUCUGUCUUGUGGCUUGAUGUCCCCCUCACAGCAGUCCGAGGAAAGUGGCCCCUAAGGAAAUUGAUUUGCCCAUUGCCCAUGAGGUCAAAUAUCUGUCAACAUAUCAAGUUUGACAAAUUUUCGUCCUCUGCUUAUUGAGGACGCUGCUGUGAGGCUUCUUUCACACAGUAGUGAUAGGUCCUCAGAAGCACAGACGGUGCUCUGGAGGAGAAAGGAAGUAUCAACAACUCCAUCUACAAACUCCGUCCAGAGAAGUGUGUAAUUAAGUCAGUUCCACACAGACGCCUGUUAUAAUUAGUUUAAUCUUGUUACCAAAGGCUAAUGGAAGCAGUGAUUUUAACCUGGAAAUGCACAGCAUGUUAAAGACAGAACAGUAAAGCCUUUCUUGGCCACUUACUUGCCCCCCCCCCCAAAAAAAAUCUAUGUUGCAUCACGGAUGGUAAAAGCAUAUUGUUUAUUUCUAGUCUUUUCAAUGAGUCCCGUCAAGCCAACAAGUCUUAGGACGUGUUGAGCUCAGUUUCAGCAUAAGGUCAGAAUUCAAGUUGAAGUGCUCAACAGACAAUGAGCUGAUGAGUCCAGAUAUAAUAUGACACUUGACUUCAAGUCACCGUCCCAUCAAUGCUGGAGUGACAAGUCUGACAGCGCAGAUUAGGCUUUUUAAUCCCAUUAGCUCUGGAGUACAAGUAAUCAGUGUGUCAUCUCUAUUUAGACAUGUCACCAUCUUUAUUGCCAAGCCAAGAGUCAACAAGUGAGUAGGUGUGUGUGUGUGUGUGUUUCUCAUGUAAGCAUAUCUAUCCUAGUGAGCUCCAAUUAUGGGGACAAAAACCCAUUGUGGGCCAAAAUAGCUGGGUGUUUAUCAUUGGGUUUCAGUUUGGUUCAGAGUCCUUGUUACGGUUCGCCAUGUGUUUUGGAUGGUUAAGUUAAGGGUGAGAGGCUGGGGAAGCAUUAUGGCAAUGAGAAACCUCACAAUGCCCCCACAGGGAUAGCAAUACAAACAUGGGAGUUAUUGCUUUCUAAAGUUCUCCACUGUCUAAAAUGAAGGCUGAGUGAUAUGGCUUGAAAAUGAACUUGGGUUGGGUUUUUAUCAUGUGUUUUAAGGAAACAAAUACAGAUGUCCAGCAACUCAGAAUACAUUUUGCUUUUAUUUUACCAAAAACUUAACAAGUGUAACUCUUAUUUCCCUCCUGUAACUAAGGUUCCAGCUGUAACCACCUCGUGUUGCUGCUGAAUUGAAAUAACGCUCCCUCCUCCAUCUUGCUGCUGAUUCCCUCACAAAUACUGUUGUGUAAAUUGGGCCAGACAACUUCAGCGAAAGACUUCAGACUUGGUGGCUAAAACCAUAGGUCCGUAGUGGACAGUAAGUGGGAAAAAGCCAGUCUUCCACAGUAAUUAUGGGUACAAGAUCUUUCACAAUGCGCAAAGCCGUGUCCCUAUCUUCUCAUGUGUGGUGCAAACCCAAACCAGUUCCAAGCCACAGCGGACACUAUUCUUUUCUUGGGCACAAACUUGCACUGGUCACACUACUUAGCACCAGCCAUGAUGUCACUCAUUCUGCGAAGGAAACAGGGCUCCGGAGAACACACACAGAGAGCUGCAUCGAGAUCAGGGAUCUUAAACUGUUCCGCAGUGGGUGCAGGUUUUUGUUCCUACUUAUCAAGAGGACACCUUUUCACCAGUCAGGUGACUGAAGGCUGUCAUCAGUUGAUUGUCAGUCUGGUGCUGUUGUUUCAGCUGACACCUGAUUGGUGUGUCUGCUCUUGUUUGGUUGGAACAAAAACCUGCAGCCACUGCAGCCAUUUGGAGACGGGUGAGAGCUACAUGAAAUCAUUUCUGAAAGCAUUCAAAAUAAGUUUCUUGUGUUCAUGAGUGAUGCUGCAGUGACAUCACCAGCGCCGUCUUCAGUGGGCGACUUCACAUGGGAAGAUGGGGGAGUUGAGGAAAACGGGAUUUCAGCUCCCACAGAAUUUUUGAUUGGACAGGGUUUUGUGUGUUUUAUGUUAGCAUUUCUAAACAUAUACAUUGCUUUUGGGGGAGUUUGUUCUAAUCACCAAAAUAAACAUUUUUUUAACCUUCUGUCAAUACAAGCAGCAAUAUGAAAGCUUCUUUAAAUGUAUAGUAAUUUGUAUUUUCUUCUCUCUGAACAAGUUACUGAAGUGCAAAUUACCGACAGGUGUAUACACAAUGUUUUACUCCACUUCUAGGUUUGCAUGUGCUCAAUUAUGAAUCAUACUCCCUAGAUCUUUGUGUUUACUCAUUAAUUCAUUUAUUUUGCUUUUGUUUUCCAAUUUGCCUCUCACCUAAAAAUAUAUUCCAUUUUUCCAGCACUGUGACUUGGUGCCAUAUUGACGCAUGUUAAUUGCAGCACUUGGUACCACUAUUUUCUGCAUUGGAAGAAGAGCAUUUUGUAUAUGACGCGGUAAAUCAGCCUCUAUUUUUACUAUUCAAAUCCUGCUAAAAUACUGUUUCAGGCAUCCUCAAAUAUGAUGAAUGUAAAAAAGAUUUAGAAGAGUGCAACAUGUCUCCAAUUAUUGCUAGUAACUCUUGUAAGGGUAUAUGAGCACAUUGUUAUCUACUUGUUGAUAUGCUUAACAUGUUGUUUGAAGUUGUAUUUAGCACUUAUUGACUCAUUUUGGUGUAAGCUUUAUUUUGGCUAAAGUUCUUGAGCUUGAGUGAGUCAUUACUUCGCGAAGAAUAUUGACAAUGUGACUAAAAUAGGAGCAAAAUCAAUGUGAUGCUUAACUAGCUGAACAUCUUUAUAAUCUGGGGGAGCAAAUUUAUUGAUCACCACAGACACCUGAUGGCAAGCGUGCGGCCUGGCUGCGAUUCAGAGUUCACCCAAGUGCAAACAGCAGGGAUUUCCAAGACAAAACUGCACGCAUGUUCGCCAUGUGUCCAGCCGUUCACAUGCUGUGCCUGACACUGGUUUGCGCUACUUUGUUUUCCGUUGUUAGAAAGGUUCUUUCUUGUAAAAGCUUAUCAAAUCAUAUCAAAUUAACAGACUCAAUGUCUGUCAUCAUUCUUUUCGUCCAUAAAAACAUGUCUGAUUUUCUUUUUGUGCCGGUAACUGCCACCUGCAUCUUGCUGACUCAAUUGAUCUGUGAUUUUUUUCUUUUUUUUUUUACGUUUUUCUUCCAAUAGUAUGAUUAAGAUUCUGACGGUUUGACUGAAUAUUAUGGGAUGUAUGUUUAAGUUAGGAUAAAUAUUCAUCAUUUAAAUGCGCAAGUCUUAAGCGUCUUAGUGUCACUGUGUUCUCGCCAUGAUCUCAGAAGCGAUUGUCCUAAGUGAGAUUGUUUGCAGAUCAACAUUACAGUUCACUGACGGGGAGGUUAGAGGUUAGAGUUAGUGCUGGGUUAAAUAGACUUUUAACAGGAAUGAUCCAAAGAUUCCACAGGUUGGAGGUAGUGUCAGUAAUGACUGCUAGCUAAGGGCCUAAUCUGUGACAUCGGCACUGUCUGUGGCAAAUCGAGGCUUUGCUCCGUGUAAGAUUAGAGCGUCGUCAUAAAUCUCUGCAUCCCAUUUUGGGGCGGACACAUUGGUGGGCGGGGCCACUCCUUGGUGGAGCCAAUUCAUCAGUUGAAACAAAACGAUUCUUUGUCGACUCAAGGCUGUUUUUAACACCACCCUGGAUUUACAUGAUGAACUACUGCAUCCCAGACAUGUAUGAAAUACCGCAGGUCAGUGGCUACAUGGUGCAAGGGGGCAGUGACCACUGCCUGUACUCAGGUGAUGGCUCCGGGUACGAGACCCAGCCGCUACAUCAUCCUCCCUGCAUGGAGCAGCCUUGGCCUCAUGGCCAGCACUAUCCUUGCUUUGGUGGAUCUUCUUUUAAGAGCGAGUUUUGCGGCAUGGACAUUCCGGUAAAUCGCUUGCACCAUCCGCCCGAGUAUUUUCCAGACUUUUCUCACCUUCAGUGGAUUCCAGGUGCACCCAAGAAAGGGUACAUUCCAAGUUACUUGGACAAGGACGAGUUAUGUGUAGUAUGUGGGGACAAAGCAACGGGUUAUCACUAUCGCUGCAUCACCUGCGAAGGCUGCAAGGGUUUCUUCAGACGUACAAUUCAAAAGAAUCUUCACCCAACUUACAGCUGUAAGUACGACGGGAAAUGUGUAAUAGACAAGGUGACCCGGAACCAGUGCCAGGAAUGUCGAUUCCAGAAGUGCAUUGCAGUGGGAAUGGCGACGGACCUGGUGCUGGACGACAGCAAGCGACUGGCCAAACGGAAGCUGAUUGAGGAAAAUCGCGAGCGUCGUCGAAAGGAGGAGCUGCAGAAGACCGCGUGGGAUCGACUUGAGCCCACGCAGGAAGAGUGGGACCUCAUCCGUAUGGUGACAGAGGCCCAUAUGGCCACGAACGCUCAGGGCAACCACUGGAAACAGAAACGGAAAUUCCUGGUCGAGGAAACAAUGCUUCUUAAUGAAAUAACAUGUCAUUUAUUCUAUACUCCUGACCAGAGUGCAGCAGGGGUGAAGGAAACUAAGCCCGAGGAUAUUGGUCAAGCAUCCAUGGUCAAUGCGCCAGAUGGAAGCAAAGUGGACAUAGAAGCCUUCAGUCAGUUUACUAAAAUUAUCACCCCUGCCAUAACGAGAGUGGUAGACUUUGCCAAAAAAUUGCCCAUGUUUUGUGAGCUGCCUUGCGAAGACCAGAUCAUCCUGCUGAAAGGCUGCUGCAUGGAGAUCAUGUCACUGCGAGCUGCUGUUCGCUACGAUCCAGAGAGUGAGACCCUCACGCUCAACGGUGAGAUGGCUGUCACGCGGGGCCAGCUAAAAAAUGGAGGCCUCGGGGUGGUCUCAGAUGCCAUUUUUGACCUUGGGGUGUCAUUGUCCUCAUUUAACUUGGAUGACUCUGAGGUGGCUCUGCUUCAGGCAGUAAUCCUGCUUUCAUCAGAUCGUCCUGGCCUCAGCAGCGUGGAGCAAAUCGAGCGAUGCCAAGACGAGUUCCUGCUGGCCUUUGAACAUUAUAUCAACUACCGCAAACACAAAGUGCCACAUUUCUGGCCCAAGCUGCUAAUGAAGGUGACAGAUCUGCGGAUGAUUGGCGCCUGUCACGCUAGUCGCUUUCUUCACAUGAAAGUCGAGUGUCCCAACGAGCUGUUUCCCCCUCUCUUUCUGGAGGUCUUCGAGGACUGACCUGGGCACACCGGUGGUCCCAGGACUUCCGAGCCAGAUCCAUCACAAGAACUCUCAGUUAGCACACACAUUCCAUAGCUGUCUGAUCUAGUUUAGUACUUACGGGUAACUUUACAAUUACAGCGUGUAGUCCUGUGAAUGGGUACCCUGAGGAGACUCGUGAGAACUGUUUUCUUCCUCGUCUUUUUAUUCUGUUUUUGUUACUGUUGUGGAUAUAUACCUCUCACCUCAGAUUUUAUGUUUGUGGUGUGAAGCUGAUUUAUUUUUUCACUUUGCUAACAUCGACCUUUCUUUCCUCUGUACUCCAAACCUCUUCUCUUCAAAGACGUCUUAGCACUUGACAACUAUCAAAUGCUAUCACUUGGGAUCAUGUAGGAUCUGUUUUUAUUUACCACUAUUUUGGAAAUCCAAACUGGUCAAACUCAAUACGUAUGGCAGUCACACAAAGAUGUGAGGGAUGUGAACCACCAGAUGAGGCUGAGAGUGCCCAGAUCUGUAGGGAAAAGGAACCUUUCAAAAGGCUGCUCUGGUUGUCAGCAGGUUGCCAAUUGAACAAUUCAUCCAAAUUUAGGAGGAGCCUUAAUCUGCUGUGCAGUCACUGUAAAAGAUGUUGAAAUACAAAAGUUUCUAUUUCAGACAGCGAGAGAAUGAUCAUGAUGGUUGCUGAGACACUGGGUUUCCACCUCAGAAUACUUGCUGCUCCAAUCUGCUUUCCAAUGGCUGGCAGUUAAGGAGUCUGAUGUACUUUCACCGGGGCGCAGUAAAUCAAACCAUUCCCAAAUAAUAUGCAGGAUCUCAAAAGAUAAGUGUAAGCAGAGGUUUAAAACCAACGAAUGAGCUGACCUCAAGCAACUCACGGGAACUCUCAACACAUAAUGUAAUAGUUUUGGAUAGCAUACUUCAGGAGAGGUAGAACUGAGAUCAUGAAUACUGAAAGUUGUGCCAAUGCAUCAAUGACCAGGGUCUGGGGCAUGCUGGGGCAUGCCAAUAGUGGCAGUAGGGAGAGCCUGCAGAAAGUCCACUCACCUUUCACUAAGCCAAUGAGAACGAAGCUCAUGAAGCUCAAACGUCUCUCCUCCUCAUGUCCUGAAGUGGUCUUGCUCAUCUCAAAAACUUCCAUUAUCACACCUUGGCUAACAAGAUGUCUUUCCAGUGUCUUCAGAGUCAGUAGAAAGUCUGAUCGUUCUUCUCUUUAGUCACUGUCGUUUCAUAGUGUCAAGUGUUACAAAGAAUUUGAAAUGGGAAAGUUAUCCCCUCGGUUUAGUCUAGUUAAGAUUUUGACUUGACUUUGCAUGCAAAGAAUCCUACUAUGGACUGAGACAUAUUCACAGAGGACUGUAUGUACAACAUGCAUUACAUUACAUUACAUUAUGAUCACAUAGGUGAAGUCAAUAACACUAUAUAAGUAUUUCAGUGGCUCCUACAAACAAAAAUCCCCUAAACAGAAAUCAGCAGCUGACCCACUGUCAUACUUUGUACAUCUGCUGGCUGGAGUCAAAAGCAUGAGCUAAGAUUCCGGUGUGUCAUGAUGAGUUUAUGCAGACUAAUGAGAUGCUGCAACCUGACUGACGGGAUUGUCGGUGAAAUAACAGGUGUUCGCCUGUGUCUGUGCCUUGCAGUCUGGCAGGAUGAACCAUUUCGUGCUGAGGUUAGCAACCUUCCAUGUAACUAUGUUCCAGAAUAUUUGAUCCAAACCAUAAUCAGGUUAUGUUCAGACAUUUCUCACAUGGUGCCAGCUAAAUUAGUCACCCCAGAUGAUCAUCAGCAGCUAUCUGCCUGAUGUUUCGUCUCUUCUGGCUGUUUUGCUUACGUCUGACAUCAAAAGACAAAUUAAGAUUCAUGAUAAGAAAAUGCGUUUGAAGAUCCAAAGCAAAAGAAGCAACACAGAAAGAUAAAAUGUGAUGAAAGUUCUUGCACUACAGGCUAUUGCACCAUGAUCACCAGCACUGGCCGCCUCCAACCUCUGCAUCCGUUUGUGCAUGCCAGUAUGCCCUUCCCUUAUAUGAGGAAUGUCUUUAAAUGCUUCAACGGCGCCAAACUUAAUCCAGCCAAACAGCUGGACUUCAAAACUCAAACUGCUAUGGAUUUCUUCAUUGAGUAAACCACAAGUGUGCAAACCGAAUUUCAUUUUGUCAUUUUGCUCUUUUAAAGCCUUUCCAUUGGGAACAUCCAGCCUGUGAGUCAGUUAAGGUACAAUAUGCAAUUAUGUGCACUGUCAGCAGAUGGCAGCGGGGGCAAGUACAGCCUGACAGUAUGAUAGCAUUUCCAUGAUCUCCUUAGAAAGAUAGUCAGCAUAAGUCUGUCUGAAGUUAACUGGUGCAGACCGUGAGGACUUUCAUGUCUCAACACUACUAUAUAUACCACUACUACUAUAACAAUAUGGCGAGUACAGAAGUUAAAACACAUCUCUGUCAGGAUCUGAGCGCUAUUGUGCCACACUGAACUGUCUUUUCUGGUUCAAGGAUCGCAGGGGCUGAAUUGAAACAUCCCAGUUUUACCAUUGUAGUUGAAGCAAUGUCUGGAUGGCACAAGGAGAGGUUGACAGUCACAUACUGUAUCAUGUGGCAAUUUGGUAAAAGCUGGUAUAGAGAUCGUGGAUGAGACUUAAGAUGGAAAUGGAAAUAUACUAACUCCUCAGGGCAUAGGAAUGAUAUAAAAUCUGAGCCAGGGGUCUCUAAUUUGAAGGUAGCCCACAAGUAAAAGGCAUAGGUUUGGGUGUGAUAAUGGAAUUGUCACACCAAGAAGAGCAACUUUUGUUGACCACCAAAAAUGGGACAAUGGGACGUCGGCUCCAUUAAAAAAAAAACCCUUCCUAAACCAAUUUAUCUCAUCUGUAUACCACUAAAAGCAGCAGGUCAGGAAGCCGGUCGAGCACUCAUCACAGGGGCCCCAUUUUUCCCAGUACCCUCUGGUAGGUAGAGACCAUUGGACUUAAAAGAUGUCUGUGACGUGGAAAGUCUGGACCGCACUGAUAUGGCAGUUAUCCGAACAAAUGCCUGAAAAAUGAAAUGGAGACAAGUAAUUCGGCUGACCCAAGCGGGAGCGCUAACAAGAACAAAGGUGUUUUUACACCAGAACUAAAGCACAAACCAGAGUCUGAAAAUCGUGUUCAUAAUCUAGUUUUCUCUGUGCCAAACACAAGUAAACCUAACACUAUGAACGGAGUCCUUGUUGAGUUUGGCCAUCCAAAUCCAGUCCCGCACCCAUUGCUGGACAUCACUCCAAUUCCAGCCUGCUGAUUGUGAUCGCUCUCUUCUUCUUCUGGCUGCUGUGUCUUUUGUUUGUAAUUGUUUGUGGUUGAUCUCUCUCCUCUUUUCUGUGAUGCCUUCUCUCAAAGCAAUAGCAGUGUUUGAAUAACCUUGACCUCACACAAACACACACCUCAUAAUCUGCACAGAUGAACUGCACAGACAAUCAGAGAGACAAGUCAAAGCUAGCCAGUUUGCAUGAAGCCUCAGUAUUAGACAAGUUUAAUCACACCCAUGAAACCUGAAUCUAUGUGGCAACGCAGUCAUGAGAUGCACUGCAGAAAACUCUCUCCUUGUUCAGAACAAGAUACAAGAGAACAUUCUAUUUUUGCUAAGAUGUAUUGUCCAAAAAACAAAAAAGCUUUUUAGCUGAGCUCAGUACAAAUGUGAACAAAGGAGUUAAACCAACCGCAUUCCGUUACAGGUUGGUCAAAUCGCAGCUGAAGGUUAUAAGGUGCCCAACCCUGAUACUCUAACAGAUUUGGCUUCACUGUGAUAUCUGGAAGAAAUGUUGUCGCCUCAGUAGCAGGAUAACAAAGACAUCAGAUAAUAGAGUAUAUUUUUUAAAUAGGCAGCUUUGUAUAAUGUGAAAUCUUGCUGGGUGUCUUUAUUAAGUUGAAAUAGUCGCCCAUUUAAGCACUCAGUUAUGACAUAUUCUUCCCUCAACAUUUGGACUAAACAAAAUAGUUGACCUGUUCGAGUUACUGAACUGAGGCCUGGACGCCAAGUGCCUGGUACAGAGCGAAGCAGAAACCAGGCCGAAACAAGCUCAGUGGAAAAUGAAUGUAUUUUUUGUGCAGAAUAUCUGAAAACUGGAAUUGAAAGUGGUGGCAAGAAAAUGCUGGACAUUUAAAAGAAGAAAAAAAACAACACACUCAUCUCCAUUGAUGUAUAUCUAUCUGUAGCCGCCAUGAUGUUGGUGCAUGUAAACAGUUGUUGGGUUCAGAGAACUAUUACUGAAGAGGUGCCACUACACUGUUUUCCCAUGUGUCGUUUCAUAAAGAGGCGACUGUGUUACAAGACUUACACCGUACAAAGCUAUUUUUCUGUCAAAAGGGAAAUAUUGUAUAAAAUAUGACGAUCAUGAUGACAAUAGCAGCUAAUAAAGAAUAUUGUGGACAAAAGUGUGCUUCUUC